CAAACUUCCGCGAAAGAGGAAGAAAAGCACCGGGCGCGCUCCGUGCUGGGUCGCCCCUUUCGGGAAAGCCAAAAAAGUUUGAGGGGGUCCCUCCCCCGGUACUGACCGCACAACAUCUGGGGAUCCCUGCUCGGAGAGAGGUGAAGGUAAAAAAGGAUCGGGACGUUUUAUUUUCUCCACGGUGUCUUUUUUCACCGGAUGAGGCAGUGUCCAAAGCAUUGCCGUUUGAGUAGCUUUCUGACUUUCUUCGGAAUCAUUGGAGACAAAAACUUAAUCCGGGCCCUGCAUUUUCUCUUUAUGAAUUGCUGAACCAUCCUGUGAGCCACAAACAUGUCCUUAGUUGACAUUCAGAUGAAUUCAGAUGACCUUUUGCAAAAAGAGCAGCUGGAUGCUGGUGGAUUUGGAAUGGUUUCCUUAUGUUACCACAAGAGGCAUGGGCUUGUGGUGUUAAAAACAGUGUACACGGGACCUCAGCGCAUGGAAUGUAACACUUUGCUUCUAGAAGAAGGCAAGAUUAUGCACAGACUAAACCAUGAUCGUGUGGUGAAGCUAUUGGGCAUCAUUCUGGAAGAUGGCAACUAUUCCCUUGUGAUGGAAUAUGUACGCAAGGGGAACCUGAUGACUGUACUAAAGGCAACCCCUAUUCCUUUGCCUGUGAAAGGGCGCUUCAUCCUGCAGAUCAUUGAGGGAAUGCUUUACUUAACUGAACAAGGUUUAGUGCAUAAGGACCUAAAACCAGAAAAUAUCCUUAUAGAUGAAGACUUUCAUAUUAAGAUAGCAGACCUUGGAGUAGCCCGCUUCAAAAAUUGGAGCAGGCUGACGAAAGAGGAGACCAACCGGCAGAUGAAAAUCAAGCACAGCUCUAAGAACAAUGCUGGCACUCUUUUUUACAUGGCCCCAGAGCACUUGAAAUCUGUGAAUGCUACACCAGUGGAAAAAUCGGAUGUGUACAGCUUUGGCAUAGUAUUAUGGGCCAUUUUUGCCAACAAAGAACCUUACGAGAAUGCUAUAAAUGACAUGCAAAUCUGCUUCUGUGUCAUGGAAGGGAAUAGGCCGCUCAUAGAAGAAAUUAAAGAAAGUUGCCCAGAAGAGAUUAUUACUUUAAUGGAACAAUGCUGGAAGCAACAGCCGGAGGAACGGCCAACAUUUGCAGAAAUCUAUUCAACAUACAAGCCAUUUUACCAACAGAACUUCGAAAAGUAUGUUGAAGAUGGUGUGAGAAAGAUAAAAGAGGUGUACCCUGAACCAACGGAACUUGUAAAAAGGAUGCAGUCUCUUCAAGUAGAUGCUGUAGCAGAGCCACUAAAUAGUGGUCGAAUGGAUCAGCCCAGCUCCCUACACAGCUCUCAGUGUCCUGUGUCCAACAACACUGUGAAUGAAGCUGCAUUUGCAGCUUGUUCAGAGAACGAACCCGUGGAGAGCUGUGAAACCCCUUUGGAUCCUCCAACCUUACAGCGAAAAUUGGAUGAUGAACUGAAGUACCAUGUGUAUGGCAGCCGGAUGGACAGGCCUGGAAGCUAUUUGAUGGCAUACAGUGCUGAAAUGUGGGAUGAGGAGAGAAGAAGGAAGGUGUCUUAUGAUCCAUUUGCAAAGGCCCCUGCUACCCCACAGACACAGAAGUCAUACUUGAGAUCUGAAAAUGUUGGAUCAGGCGUUCGUCAUAGCAGCAUCAGUGCGAGCCCUUAUGAUGAUCAACAGAAACCAUCACCAAUCAGAGCUACUCCAGAAAGGGAAAAUAAUGUACCAUUGAAUCCAAGUAUGCUCUGUGGGCCAGGAGCUGCAAAUCACAGAACAUCCCUAAGCACAGAAGAUCUCUAUAGAUCACAUUCAGCUAUGCCCUGUAGCAUCAGCAGACCACCUGUGCCUGAAUCUGGUGUCGAGCAUCCAUCUAACCGGAUCCAUUCAUAUCAUUUUCCCAAAAGCCUAAAUUCAGAAACUGGUCCAGUGGAGUCAGCCCCUUUUAUGAAGACAAACUUUGCACAUACUCCUAUACAGAGAAAAAGUACAGGAGAAUCUGCAAGCUACAACAUUAUUAACAGUAAGGGAAUUCAAAUAGGCUCCCACAAUGUCUUAAGAAUUGGACAUCAGUCUCAGAAAAUAAGCAGUGCUCCAGAAGAUACUAGCUAUAAUCCUGCAGAUUACCAUAAACUGUUUGAGAGCAUUGCUCUUGUUUCUGUUGUGCACCUGAACCUUGUGAGAGACAAUUUGGGGAAGCACUGGAAGCAUUGUGCUCGUCAACUGGGCUUCAGUGACCCAGAAGUGGAUGAAAUUGACCAUGACUAUGAACGGGAUGGACUAAAAGAAAAAGUUUAUCAAAUGUUUCAGAGGUGGCUGAUGAAGGAAGGAAGCAAAGGAGCAACUGUGGGAAAGCUGGCCAGAGCCCUCUCUGCUUGCAAGAGGAGAGACCUCCUAGUCAAAAUAAGGCAGGAGUCUGAAAUGAGUAACAAAUGAGACCAAUAAAACAGCAGGAACAUUCUUCCAAUUUGGAGGUUUUCUACAAGGGAAAACAGGGACAUUUCGCUUUACAAUAUGUUGAGAGCCGUUAUUAAAGUUCUGAUGCUGCCAGAAUUAAAAGACGCUUAUGCAAGCAGAAUAAUGAAAAUACAAAGAUGGAUUUUUAAUUUUUUUUUAUUGUUUUGCUUUGUCACAUUUGGGUUUCCAUAGCAGUGCCAUGCUCUCUGAAACAAUGCCAAGAAAAUAUACUUAUAUAUAUUUUAUAACAUGUUGAAUUGUUGAUGCAUUUGUAUAAUUUUAAUUAAUAUAUAGAUAUAAAUGAAUGUAAGACUGUUCCCCUGGAUUAUAAGUAAAAAAAUAUUUCUUAGAUACAAAAAUGACAGUGUAUAUCAAUCUUAAAUAGCGAAUUACUUGUGCUAGCACAUUGCAAGAAGAUUGAGGAACACUGUCCUUACUAGCUCUACUACUGCCAUUACUGUUUAUGGUAAUUUCAUUGGGAGGAGUUGGCAUUUGACAGGGAGUGAUGAGUGUUGAUUCUAGGGGCCAUUUUUGCAGAAAGGGAACAAUACUGAGGGUGGCACAUGGUAUUUCCCUGCAGAUAACAAGCAGAACAUGUGUGAUGUGCUACGUUAUAUCUAAUCAGAGAAAAUAAUGAGGUAGAGACUGGCUUUACAACUGCCUAUGACUUCCAGAAAAGCAGAACUUUUGCUAUUGGGAGCAGGGAGGAGCUUUCCCUUGGCAAAUAUACUUGUGAUAUUCUGAAAUGCCACAUGAAAUUUAGAACACCUGCUGAGAAAGGGAGGUCAUGCAGGACUAAGCAACGUUCAAGAAACUGCAAUAGAAGCAGGGAGGGGCAGGCAGGGAAUGAGGUCAGUGUGCCUAGGGCUAGGCACAUAGGCAACAGCAUGUACUGAUAUGCCUGUACCCACUUAGAAAGCAAGUCAUAGUACCAGCACACAACAGCUGAAUGAUGGAUCUGUGAAAGGAAAAGAGGCAGUGAAGGAGAUCCCAUCAGUUCUUGAUAGGGCCCAACAAGGAUGGAUGACAGUUCCACACAGAAGACCGGUGUUGCAGUUGCAGAAGGAAAGUCUUGUUAUUCAGACAAAACAGUUUUAUGACAGCAGCCCAGAAUCAGGGAUGGUGACCCUCUUGCUUGCCUUGACAUUUUUUGAUUGAUUAAAAAAAUGCAUCUGUGCAGAUCUAUAGCUUGAUCCGGCCAAAGUUCACAGAUGUUCAUGGGGCUUGCUCCUAAGAAAAUGUGUACAGGAUUGCAGACUUGGUCUGGUUGAUAAUUGUAGCUCAGAGUUAUGAUCAUUAUUUUGUACUGUGCACAUUGCAGGGAUUGUGCUAGUCUCUGUUCUCUUUUGGACUAAUAGCUGUUAGCAUGAAGAUCAAUCAGCCCUCCCUCUGCCCCUGGUUUUGUGGGUGUCAGACUUGCUGCACCAUAGAUAUGUGAGUAUCCCAUUCAUAUUUUGCCAAAUCCAUGGCAAAACCUCUCAGUUCAAAUCUGGCUUGGCAUGGCAGCAGGAGCUUUGCAAAGGAAAGAACAGCAGGAUCAUUCUAGAAAAGCCAGAAUAGGAGGUUUUGUAAUGGCAGUGUUUUUUGCCAACAAACUCGUAUGUUGGGUGAAUUGUAUGUAUUAAAAAGGCAUACAAAACCAUUCUAGUUGUGUCAUUCUCAGUAUGUUAGCCAUGGUUGCAAGGAGACCAGAGGAUUUCCCAUCCCAUCACUCACAAGAAUCUCCCUGAGCAAUUUCAACUGCACAAACAGAAACCACAGUUAAAGAUAAUUAGGUUCUCUCUCAACUAUGGAAGCAGCCUCAAAUCCUGGUUAAGAAAGAACCCAAUAAAGGCUGGCAGGAGAAAUGUGAGCCACAUGAGAGAAGGAACGCAAAAUCCAAUGCCUCCCAAUCUUUUAUUGUGUAAACGAUUUUAAAAACUGUUUUUAACUGCUGUUUCAUUUGUUUUGUUUUUAGUUUUUCUGGUUGUAUUUUUAUCUUAUUUUAUAUUGUGUGGAUUUUGUGGAAGCCAUCUUAUGUACUUUUGUAGAAAACCAGGUUAUAAAAAAAUAUUUAUGGAGCUAAUAAACUAAGAAACACUGUGGGGUAGUAGUUACGAAUAUCAGACUAGGAUUGUGGAGGCCCAGGUUUAAAUCUCCACUCAGCCAAUAAGUGCACUGGGUGUCACUGUCGGCCUAACCUAACUCACAGGAUUGUUGUGAGAGGAAAAAGGGGGGAUUGGGCCAUGUAUACCAACGAGCACAAAUGCAAUAGAUUUAUUUAUUUCAUUUAUAUCCCACCUGUCCUCCAAAGGACUCCUCUCUCCCCCCCGCCCCUCUAUUUUAUCCUUGCAACAACCCUGCGAUACAGUGAUUAGGCUCUGAUGCAGUGACUGACCCAAGGUCACCCAGGGUACUUCUUGGCUGAGGGGGGAUCUGAAUCCUGGUCUCCAUGUCCUAAUCCAACACUAACCACUAUAAUCCACUUGGCUGGAUUAGGCUAAAUGUGGCUCAAGGAAGUUUACUAGCAGGGCACAAAUGACCUCUCACAAUUGCACCCAGUAAAUUGUAUUAUGACACUGCAUUUGGACAUGGAGGCUCCAUUUAACCUUGAUUAUUCCUGCAGCCACCAAUUAGUUCUCUCCUCACAAAUUUGACUAAUCUUUCAAAACCAUUGG